UGUUUCGAUAGUAAAAACCAUCGAUACUAUCGAUAGUGCCUUCGAUAGUUUUCAAACUCUAGAAGAUUCUUUAUAGGAAAAUAAUUGUAAAAAAAAUGGGAGUCACAGGUCUGUGGAAACUGGUUGAACCUUGUGGUAAUCCUGUUCCUGUAGAGACUUUAGAAGGCAAAAUUUUAGCUGUGGACAUAUCUAUUUGGCUCCAUCAGCUUGUCAAGGGAUUUCAAGACAACCAUGGAUCCUCGCUCCCACAUGCUCAUUUACUUGGUCUGUUUCAUCGUCUGUGUAAACUACUUUAUCAUAGGGUGCGACCUGUUUUUGUUUUCGAUGGAUGUGUACCACAGCUUAAACAGGAUACUAUAGCUAGAAGGCAGCAACAACGCAGCAAACUGAAUAGUGAAGCGGAUCGAAUACAAGCUCUUUUGCUACAAUCCCUCGCAAAGGAAAAGGUAGUGCACCAAGCAUUAGGUGCAAAUGCUGAACUUUUAAUUCAGUCACCUAGCAAAAGGGUUAGCGUUGCAAAUAAGGUAGAAAAAGAUAAAGAUGGCAUGUUCAAAUUACCAAAACAACCAGAUGAAGAGGAACCAGUGGUAGACACAAAUAAUAUGAACACUUUAUUAGAACCAUCUACAUCCACGAAAGAUUUCUCUUUCGACGAAUCGAAUCCUUGGAGGGAAUACAAUGCGAAUUUGCAAGCAAUUGAUGUGCUCAGCGAACAUUUUAAAAGUCUGCCGGCAGAAAUCCGCCAUGAAAUAUUGUUAGAUAUUAAAGAAACGCGAAAACAAUCAUCGUGGGGCCGUCUACAUAAGCUACCAUCGUGUAGCCAUGAAUUUAGUUCAUUUCAAAUGAAACGUUUGCUAAAACGCCGUGCGGUCCAAGAAAGUAUUCAGGAAACCGAAAAGGAGAUGGGUGAACGCGCAUUGACCUUUACAGACUUAAAAAACUUGUUUACUGAAGAUGGUAUUCUAGAACCUGAUAACGUGAAUAAAAUCACGAAACCAGUAUGCUCAGAUGAGGCAAUUCGGUUUACAUUGGUUCGAGAUUUACAAAAAAACUUAGAUAAAAAUAAAGAUGUAGCAGACGUUCCUAAGCAAGACAGUGAAACAAGAACAAACUUGAAAAUAAACAAAAAUGAAAAGGUAAACAUGGAACAGGUGGGACUACCCAGGGAACAGUAUGAUACAGAUUUGAAGAGAGCAAUUGCAAUCUCAUUGGAAGACGUUGCAUUGUCUGUCUACAGUACGGAAGAUUGCGAGUACGAACCAAAUCAGAAUCUUAGACUAAAUAGAAAGCAAAGAAACCAAUUAAAAAAUUCCGCCAUUGGACCUGCUCGUGCUUUUAUGCUUGAAUACGGAGGAAUGAACCGCGAAGAAGUAGAAGGAGUACUGAAGAAAACCCAUGAGGAUUAUGGUGUUGGCAAGGCCAUAUCAGCUUUUUUGGAAGAUAAGCAAUAUGAAGCAAAUUAUGCAGAGGAAAUUAAAAUCAACGAAGCAGCGCAAUAUAACCAAAAGCCGGCAGGAUUCAGACAAGAAAUAUCCCUUCGAGUAAGCGACAGUUCGGAAGCAGACUCAGAUUUCGAAGAGGUUGAGGAUAACGUCCUAGCGGCUUCAGAACUCGGGUCUAAAAACAGCUUACAAGUUAUUAUAGAGCUAAAUGACCAAUUAUUGUCAGAAGAUGACUUAUUUUCCGAUGUUUUUGGAUCCUCACCGAAGAGAACUGCUCAUAUUGAUAAGGAAGAACGCCUCUGUGAACUCUCUAUAUCUUCACCAGAAAAUUGUGAAAGCAUUGUUGUACACAAUAUAAUGGCGGCAAGCGGGAAGUGUAGUGAAAUAAAAAACGAUGAAGAAAUGCAAUAUGAUAAAACAAAUGCUUUGCCUUAUGUUUUAAAUAUGAAUGAUGAUAAUAAAAAAAUGUCAUCUAUAUUAGAUGAGUUAAAAAAGCAAGCAGAUAAUGUCAAAAAUUUAAAUUUAGAUGACGUAAAUAUUUGCGAGUCAGAUGAAAAAUUCAGGUCGAAAAAUGAGAUUAUUGAAAUCUAUGAUAGCGAUGAUCAGAAACUUAGCUCAGAAGUAACACCAAGUAAAUCAACAAAAUUUAGAACGCCUUCGAAAGACAAAAGCAUUAAAGAAUAUUUCGAAACCAAAUAUGUGGUGAAACGAACUCCAGAAAGUGAUAAAACUGAACAGGAGGAGAAGCAAGCAUCUAACGUUAACUCCCCCUUUUUUGUUAAGAAGUCUCCGUCAUCUCAUCGAAAACGAUCCGUUCGUAAGAUUAGCGCAUCACCUAUUCAUGGGCACAAGCUAUCAAGGGUGUCCAAAACGCUGUUCGAGAGUGCCACCACAACGUCUGAAAAAAAACUGGAGAUAAAGGAAGAUGGUCCUGAUUUGAAAUCUGAGGAUGUACCAAAAAGUGCUGUUGGUAUUCUUAAACAACAAAAAACUACCGAACAACUUCAGUCUCUGGCAUCAGAUUUAGUCAAAGAACGAAGAGAUUUAGAAAACGAACGUAACCGCCAAGAUCGAAUGGGCACCGCAAUUACCCAUAACAUGCACACCGAAUGUCAGGAGUUGCUGAAGCUUUUUGGUGUCCCCUAUAUUAUAGCGCCAAUGGAGGCCGAAGCACAGUGUGCCUUCCUAGAAUCAGUAAACUUAACGAAUGGCACGAUUACUGAUGACAGUGACAUCUGGCUAUUCGGAGGUAGAACAGUAUAUAAGAACUUCUUUGAGCAAAAUAAACACGUUUUGAAGUUUGAAGCCGAUAAAAUUAGACACACCUUUAACUGCGAUCGCGAGCAAUUGAUACAACUAGCUUGCCUUGUAGGCAGUGACUAUACAACAGGGAUACAUGGAAUAGGUACUGUUACAGCAUUGGAAAUCUUAGCAACAUUCUCAUUGAAAUCAAAAAAUUCACAAGAAUCGUGUACCAGAAAUGACACCACAACUGAUGCUGUUCUUUCUGCGUUAUACCGUUUUCGAGACUGGUUAAAAGUACAUAAGAAUUUAUGCCAGCCUGUUGGUAGCUCCACAUGUCUUAAGCUUAGAAAAAAGUUGAAUAACAUCGAAUUAAAUGAAGGAUUUCCUAGUCCUGCAGUUGUUGAAGCCUAUUUGUUUCCGAAAGUUGAUGAUAGUAAAGCCGCGUUCCAGUGGGGUUAUCCCGAUGUUGACUCUUUAUACGCUUUUACAAAAAGAGUAUUCGGCUGGACAGCAAAUAAAACGGAUUCAGUACUUAAACCCGUGUUAAAAAGAAUGAACGAUAAGCAAACGCAAGCUAGUAUUCGAAAUUAUUUUACGAUAAAGAGUGCCCUUAAGCCUCGAGAAUUAAAGAUAAGUAAACGUGUUCAGAAAGCUAUCGAUACUAUGGCUAGUGCGGCAGAUACAUCUGACAUCAUCGACAUCAAACCUGCAAAACGAAGCCGUCGAACCAAAAAACAAAAUGAUGCUUCGAAAACACAGCAACAAUUGGAGCUGGAUUCAAAUGGCCCUGAUGCAAUGACAAAUAUAGUGGUAGAUAUUCCAAGCACAAGUGCCUCAUGUUUGGCUCACAAAAUGAGUAAAAGUACACCGAGACUUCUUGAAACCAAAGAAGUUAUCCCACAGCGCGAAAAAGAUAUUCAGAAGAUGCGUCAAAGAAAACAAAAGGCAGCAGCUGUAUUAAGAAAAUCUAGGGCUCUGGCCUCCAUUACUACUGGCAUAGAGGAGAGGCGUGCAAAUUAAUAAUCGCUUAUUUGUAAUACAGAUGUUGUUUAUUAAAUGAAUGCGGAAAUAUUAUCUUACUGCUUAAUACAUAACUGUUGAAGACAUGAACUACAUACCCACAUUCAUAUGGCAUUGCAUCCUUUAAUUUUUCCAAACAUGGCAACAUUGGCAAUCAACGAUUGGCGGCUCAGUUACUAACCACCGAAGCAAGGCUGAGCCACUCGCUCAUCAGCCGCCAAAGCAAACGCGUCACAUAAACAACCAUUGUUUAAUAAAUUGAAUACAGUUUGUGAACUGCGUCUAUUAUUGUAAAUAAACUUAUGAUACAUACUGAAAGUAUACCAAGCAGAAACUGUGUCUCAUUAAUACCCGAAACCUAAACAUGGUCCUUCGGCGCCAUUCAAACGAGCCGGCACCGAAUAAAUUUUCGUAUUAAAUCAAUGCUUUGGCGGCCCAAAAGUUUAUUUUCUCAUUCCGUGCGAUUAUUAAAGAAACUUGCGUAUGUGCAGUGCAUAAUCAGCGCUUAAGAACAACAUAAAAAAAAACAAUAUUCCCAACUACUCGCAAAAUAAAAGUGACAGGAAAUCAAAAACAAAUCCCAGAAUCUAUACUGGAAAUAUAUUUGGUGCACCUAAAUAAGAAAAUAAAUUUACAACAAAAUAUAAACGAAGUCACCAGAGCUGGCUCUAGAAGUCACCCACAAAAAAAAACAACAGCACGAAUAAACCUAAUCUAAUAAAGAAAAAAAGCGUUGUAAUAGCUGGACAGCAGAUCAGCAGCAGAGAGAUCGCUUAACAACAUCGAUACCAACAAGCAGAGGGAGCACCAAACAACAAGACGAUAAGUACCCACACCCCUAUAUAUACAGAUAUAUAAGCUUAUCAAAUGUAUAUGCAUGUACAUACGUACAUAUCUAUAGAAGAACAAAUCCCAUUACACUCAUUAGAUGUCCGAGCUAACAUUCCAAGCCGGUCAUUAACCCCAACAGCUGUGUCUCCAGCAACGUGUGUCAUCCCUUUGGUACAUACAGACAUACGUACGCAAAUCUGCCGCUCAACAUUAUUUCCACAUAUAACGCAGUUUUAUAAAUAUGUAAGUUAUAAGUAAUAACAUAACUUUGGGCUGCUCCAGUAAAUACGCUUUGAGACAGUCAUCCCGCUCAUUUUUGUUUAUUUGGAUCUCAUAUUCUUCUGCUAUCCCAGCAUAAUCCAGUUCAAUAACUAUCAACUGCACUCUCUAUGUAGUUGCUAAUUUCAACCCCCACAUUCGUACAUAUUUAUACAUGCAUAAACAUAUGUAUAUAGAAUAUUUCUUUUGCGCGCAGUAAUUUUUUUGUUUAUGCCAUUUCCUUUUCAUGCGAUUACCUCAAUCUCACGAUCAUACGCAACGCAUAUGCAUAUACCUACAUAUAUUCGGCAUAUACAUAAAUACCCACCUACCCUCUCGCUAUCCCAUUGCAGCAUAAUUUCCGUUUGACUUAUUACACCAAAUUUGCAAGCGUACAAAUAGACAUACGCAUAUACACACAAGAGCUCAACAGUGUGUUUGUUAAAGCCAAAAGCCUUCAACAGUUGGGAAACACUGUCUUGCUUUUCGGCUCUGUGGUAUGCUGCAAAGAGACAAACUACCGAAAAGCAACCGGUGUUUCCGUUACGAUAUUGUAUGCUUAUAUAAGUAUGUAACUCAGAUUUUUGAGGGCAGUUUAGUUGAUCAGUUACGUUGACAUCAGUCAUUCGCGCUUCAGACCGUUCUACCUAGGCAGCAGCAACCUACGCACUUUGAUGUACUUUCUUGUAACCGCCCUGAGAAUAAAGUAAAAUUAGUCUUUUUACUAAUAUAACCGUUUUACGUCUUUUAUUCCUACCUUUUAUAAACGUCAUAUUUGUUGCGAGUUUGCACCGGCGUACAAAGGAGGGUUGCCACUCAGAGAUUUGGUCCAACGAGCCGUCGAACUCUGUCAACAAGCAAUUUUAUCAUCCACAUAUGUAUUUCCUUUUUUACAUACAUCAAAUCAAAGUGCGUGUGAAAUAUUGGUUGAGCAAGUAGUGAUUUCAAUAAAAUAGUGAGAAAAAAACCAGAGUAAAUAGUGCGUCAAAAGUCGAUAUUUAUUUCACGAGUGCUUAGGGCUGAUUAUUCGGGCGUUUUUAAAAAUAUCUGUAAAACCUAAUUUAUAUAUAAAAAGGUAUGUGUAAGGGAAAUUACUACACAAAGUGAAAAAGAAAAUAGCACGGACGUAUGUAUGCACGAGAACAGAAAACUGGAGAGUGGAAGCUUUCAUUUACAAAAAGUGAGUUUUUUCGUAAUUCGUCUGAAUAUUUGUUUCCCAUAUACUCUCAUGACAUUCAACUUUCAUUUCUUAUUUAAAUUCAAAAGUGAUUAUUUCCGAGUUAUACAAUUUUUGAAGUUAUCUAAAUUCCCCGCCAAUUUCACUUUCUUCAAUAUAUGAUUUUGUACAUAUAUGUAUGUAUGUAUAGAUGUAGUAAUAUUACCAAUUUGUUCUCACAAAACAUUUUUUGGUAUUAGUAUAGUUUUUAGCUCUUUUGUGCUCAUGUACAUAAUACGUACGUACAUAAGUACAUAUGUGCAAUACAUAAAUAACUAGAUAAUUGCUCAUAAAUAGCAUACGAGAACGUACAUACUUCCAAUUUAUUCCAGUCUCUCAUUAUUUUGUUUCGCACAUACAUAUUAACUUACAUACCCGAGCUAAGGUCUUGCACUCGACAUUGGAUGAUCUUCAAAUUUGAUCAGGUAGAAAAUAUAUGAAAGUGCGCAAGCAUAUGCAUAUGUGUGUUUAUGUGUAUUUACAAUAUU